AUGGAGAUGGAAUCUUGUGUUCCACCAGGCUUCAGAUUUCACCCGACAGAAGAAGAACUUGUGGGUUACUACCUGAAAAGAAAGAUCAACUCACUACAUAUUGACCUAGAUGUCAUCGUUGACAUUGACCUAUACAAAAUCGAACCAUGGGACAUACAACCGAGAUGCAGGUUAGGUUACAGUGAACAGAACGAGUGGUACUUCUUCAGUCACAAAGACAAGAAGUACCCGACUGGAACGCGGACAAAUAGAGCCACAGCUGCUGGAUUCUGGAAGGCAACAGGAAGAGACAAGGCAGUGCUUUCAAAGGACAACAUUAUAGGAAUGAGGAAGACCCUGGGACCAAAGAGGUGGAAGAAGGACAAACCAUAUGGCAGCAGCACCACCAGUACUAUCACCACCCCAGCCACCACAAACACUGCUGCUUCUGCUUCUGCUUCUGCCACCACCACCACCACUAGCACCACUGCCAGAAAGGCCAAAAUUGGUGGCAGAGGUGGUCGCACGGACUUGAGUGAGUCACUGCAGGUGAAGUUAGUGGCUUUUGGGAAGGAUGUGUGCCUGCAAGGCACACCACCAGUGCAGAAGAAAAGGAGGUACCAAAAGAGGAGGAGGGAGAUGGGAGAGGUGGAGCAAGCAGCUGUGUGCUUGCUGGCCAUGUCAUCUCACUCUGUUUUUGGUUAA